AUGUCAUCUCUCGGUAGCACGGUUUUGGGUAGCAUUUAUGCGGAUUUGGACAAUGUGUACUUUGUGAAUUCCGGCUCCGAGGCCAAUGAUUUGGCAAUGUUGAUGGCACGAUUGUACACCGGAAACAAUGAAAUUAUCAGUUUUCGUAACGCCUAUCAUGGUGCUUCACCAUACACGAUGGGUCUGACUGCACAUUCCACGUGGAGAUACCCUUUGUCUGGUGUUAGUAACGGCAUAGUCCACGCUAUGAACCCUGAUCCAUACACAGGUAUCUGGGGUGGUAGAAACUGUAGAGAUUCGCCGGUUCAAACGACGCGUCACUGCGAUUGCCCCGCGGAUCAAUGCUUGGCCAGUGCGCGGUAUUACGAACAGUUGGAACAGAUCUUCAAGUAUUCGUUACCACGAGGUAAGGUAGCAGCUAUGUUCGCCGAGUCAAUUCAGGGAGUUGGUGGAACCGUUCAAUAUCCCAGAGGAUAUAUCAAAAAAGCGGCGGAGUUGGUGCGCGCCAACGGAGGUCUCUUUGUGGCGGAUGAAGUACAGUCUGGAUUCGCCCGA